GAGUGAGUCCGCCCUCAGUCCGCGCUCGACGCCCCCACCUGACACACGCGUCCGCUCACGCUCCAGGUCGCGCCACCGCUCACUCGGUCUCUGAUCUGCCCCCCCGUGUCCAUCACAAGACACUGACGACGCGUGUCCUAAGACAUUUGGAGUAACUGGUGGAAACACACAAGUGAAUUUUCUCGAAAAUGUAAAAUUCUGCAGAUUCGCGAGAAAAAAAACAUAUACUAUGUGAUUCUUGUGGUAGUGAGUAAACGGUGAAAAAAACAAUAAAUUCAUAGAGAUAAAACUCGACAAAAGACAGUGAACUAAUAAAAACUAUUCUUCAUCUAAGUGUUAUAUCUACAAUGAUUCUCAAACUGUGCUGGUCGUGCCUGGUUUGGCUGGUGCUGGCGACGGCGGCAGGCGGCCUACAGGCGGUCACCGCGCCCACCUACCGCCUCGUGGUCGGCGAUGGUGGCUACGCCCGCCUCCUCACGCCCGCGCCAUCGCUGUCUGACCUCACGCUCGCUGCCUGGGUCAACAUGACGGCCUUCCCCGACGGCGUGGCGCCCAUCCUGACUGCUGUGGCGCCCGACGCCAAAAGCCAGGUGGCCUUCUUCCUGCGCCACGACGGCCUCGGCGUGCUGUGGGGCGGACCCCCCGACGUGCCCCGCAUCCACCUGGAUCAAGUGGACCGCCAUCCGCGCACGCAGUGGACUCCCGUCGAGCAGGAAGGGCAGCGCAGGCGGCGCCGCGACGCCGUGGACUACAGCGGCGGCCUAGGUGACAUCGUGGACAUUCUGGCGGAGUCCCGGAAUGGCCGCGCCUACGACACGUGGACGCCCUACGGCUUCGUGGACGUGGACCAGAUGGGCGUGGCUGACCUGGAGGCCGCCCCCUCGAGCCUGAACGCAGACCUGCACCUCGUGGAGACUCGCGAAGGGCUCUCGCGCUCCGAGUCCUACAACGACUGGACCAACGUGCCCUACGAGCUGCACAUGCAGGAGAGCGACCCGUACGACCUGCACCUGGCCGAGCCCGAGCCGCGCAUCAUCACCGAGCCGUCCGGCGAUGACGACUUCGUCUUCUUCAACUGGAACGUCCCACCGCAGCCCAAGCCGUCCAUCCCGCAGUCGCCGAAUGAGUGGUCGCCCAUAUGGACGCCAGCGGGCGAGCAGCAGCGCCCCCAGGCCCCGGCGCAGCGCCACGAGGAGCCCGCGCCCCUGCCUCCGCGACCCACACUCCCGCAGCCGACGCAGACCAAGAGAGCGCCCGAGCAACCCGACAAUGACAAGCAAGGCGCCUGGUCUGCCCAGGUAACCAAGGUUGAACUUGGUCAUGACUUCUGGAGUCCUUACCGCCUGCGAGGCGCCUCCUUCGCCCCCCCGGUCCCGCAGACGUCCAUCGCCACCCCGACUACAACUACAACCCGCCCCACAACCCCUAGGCCUACAACAACAGCCAGAGCAACGACCCCCCGAACUACGUCAAGGAGACCGACUCUUCGUCCAACAAGAAGAACAACGCCAAAAAGGACCACAACCACAACUACCACCACCACAACCCCAAGGCCAGCAACACAGCCGCCACCCACCGCCCCUACCACUACUCCGGCCCCAUCCACCACCACUCCCGCCCCAUCCACCACUACUCCCGCCCCAUCCACCACCACCUCCCGAGCCUGGCGCAACAGCCUCCGCUUCACCACCCGCCGCUUCACUGCCCCGCCCACCACCAGCACCCCGAGGUACACCAAGCGCCCCUCAGCCUUUCCUCGCCCCUCCUCGGCGCGACGCACCACACGCAUGCCCUUGUGGAAGCUCAUCAAGCAUCCUGAAGCUGCGCACGCACACACCGCUCCCUCCACCACAACAACCUCAACUACUACAACCACAUCCACAACCACAACUACUCCGAGACCAACAACCAGAAUCAUUACCACCAAGAGGACCACAGCUUCUAGGUUUCCUACAGCAUCCACAACCACUACCAGGGCACCCACAACUACUGAACAGCCAACCACAGCCCAGCUGAGGGUGCUCCCCACCUUGCGGCAGAGUCCCUCUCCACCACAGCUGACAGAUAAGCCCCAGAUCACAGGGCAGAAAUCCAAGGUGUCCAUCUGGUCAAGCGCCAGCGACCACCACCACCACAAGGCCGCAAAGGGCCAAGGCUUCCAGGACAAGUGGUCUGGCAAGUCCCAGGCAUCACUAAAUACCGUGCACAAGCGCCAUCGGCAGCAGCAGACAAACAUUAUGCCUUACCAUGUGGACGAAUUCCAACGUGCGAUGGAAGGUCUUCCGCCAGUCAAGGAUGGCAACAUGGCCGUGGUGUACUCAGUGCCCAUCACCAACGUGGACGCUUUCAAUACCAUGUACCAGCAGUACCAGGCAAUGGAGGUGCCAGCCCCAGCUCAUGCCCGACAGCCCACAAUUAUCCACGAGGCCAUCGUCAAGCCACAGGAGGACGAGGUGAAUGAGAAUGGCCUUGGAGAGACCACCUCCUCCAGGGAUGAUGAGAUCCUAAGCUUUCACUAUGUCACCGAAUCUGAAAUACCCUACGAGGAAACGGACACCCCAGCGGUUCUCAGUGAAGAAGAUGCUGUCCUUGUGCCCACUGAGGAGCCUCUGCCACCCACUCCUUCCAGAAGUGACAUCCCCAUCGCUGAGGAAGCAAUCGAGAUUCAGCCCUCAACUGAGACCGUGGCUUUCAAACCAAGGCCAACUUUCCCAUCCAUCCUGCAAGUCUAUGAGGAACCUGAUGAAGUUAUUAUUGUCGAGGAGCCUGAAGCCUCUGCGCCCAAGGAUAGGUCCGAUCCACAGCUGCCUCCUCAAGCUGCCUAUUACAUUCCAGAUGUGACUGUUCCUUCCACAACAGAGGCACCUGUCACAAUCAAGCUUCAAGACACAACUACCAAAACAAGCAAGGCUCCUCUUCCUGAAAUCAAUAUUCCAUCUUUCGUUCUGAAACCUGAAAUUUUUCCUGAAGUAAGCACCAAAGAAGUCCCAGAACCAAGCCUUCCUGCCAGCUUAGAGCCUAGCAAAGAGGAAGAGAACAAAGUGCAUUCUGCCAAUUUCGCGGUCUUCCAUAUGGGCAAGGAUGACCUUCCAUAUUACCCAGAUCAAGGCCAAGCCGAGGAGCCAUCCUUCUCCAUCGAGGAACUUUACCAGCCUGCCGGAGUCUUAGUGUCACAAGAGGAUGUCAUCCCAGUGUCCCACUACCAGGAGUCCUCACACUUGUUCCAUGAGCAACUUCCACCACAUUAUGCCUCUUCAAAGCCUGCCCCACGGCCUAUUGCAUAUGGUGGCCCUGUCUCACAGAUGGCCGAACGACGCCAUGAUGAUGAGGACGUGGUUCUGUUCAGUUCAAACCCACAGGAGCUGCUAGAUCAGGGCUUCCUCCCCAAGCCUGUUCACUUUGUCAGCACACCUGAGGAAGCCAACAUUUGGAUGAAGGAGCAAUAUGAGCUAAGUCCUGAGGAAGAGAAUGUGGCAGAGGAGGAAGAGGAGGUUCUCGCAGUUCCAACCAACACCAACAAUGCCUUGCUUCCUGUUCCUGUUAGUGAGACUGAGCAGUCUGCAGGAGCACCAAACUUCCACUUCAAGAAGCUGCCUUUUAAGUUCCAUGCCAAUGAGUGGUAUCAUGUGGCGUUCACAUGGAGCAACCAUGACCACGAGACUGGUAUUUAUGUCAACGGGGAGCUUGUAGGAACCCUGACAGACAUCCUGCCCAACCAGAGUGCCUUCCUUGGAGGUGGCCUCACCAUCCUUGGCCAGACUUUGCUCCCUGAUUUGACAGACUUUGACCACACUUCACAGUUUUCAGGGGAAAUGAGUGAGGUAAACAUGUGGCCAGAGAGGCUCACUUCAGAGGCAGUGCGUGACUUGUACCAGUGCAAAACGCAACUGCCAGUGUCCCCUGCACUCAGCUGGCACCAACUCUCCAUGAGAUUUUACAGCAGCAUCCAUAUCCAAGACUCUAAUUCUUUGUGCGGUGCAUGAAGAGGAAAAAAUUAAACAAAGAUUGAUAUUCAAAACAAAUUCAUACAUCAAUGGUGAACUAUUCACAUAUUUCCCUAAAAAAUAGCACUAAUAUUGCCUGAACAUUGACCCUGAAGAUGACAAAAUUGUCCACUGAUUUAUCCUUUCUUCAUGGCUAAAAAAAAAAUUACGACACAGUAGCAGAUAAGGCGGCGAAGACAAAGGCACACUGAGGGACAUUCGACUCCUCCCCAUCAUCCCACAGAAGGACUUCUGCUUGGAUCUCCUCAUACUGGAAACUCUGCUCCCAAUCCAUCCUCCCACAGGAUCUCUGUCUUCUAAUCCUUUCAUGCCCUCAUCCCCUCCCACCUGCCUUCCAGGGCCACCCAAGUACUAAACCGCCAGCUGUGUGAGGACACCUUCCUGAGUUACCUAAUGGAUUGUGUCUUUCAAAUCCUGAGCUACAUACAGUGUCAGAAAUUUGUGCUAUAGACAGUAUUAUCAUACCCCAUUUAAACAUUAUUCUAGACUUUAUUAUAAUACAACGUGCAGGUCGCGUUGCUGUGUGAACCACGCCUGUGUAUCUCAGUGGCUUGGAACUUUUUGUGAUAGUGACCUCGGAGUAUUCUCAAGUAAAAAAAAAAAGAAAAAAAAGGACAGAAAAAAACGGUGGCGUUGCGUUUGGGAAGAAAAGAAGGGUAAUGGCGUAACUGGAAAACAUAGGCCUGGGAUUUUUGUUUUUUUUUUGUUAACGUGCUAAUUGAACUGUUUAUUUGUUGCCUUGUUAGUAAAUAUUUAUAGAUGCUGUCUUCACUCACUGUCCAUUGUUGCUACAUGUAUAGUGUUACAGCACACCAAUCAUCUCUUUUUGUGUUUUCUUGUGUCUUUGUAGAGGAAAAAGGUAGGAAUGAGAAUGAUUAGUUCCAAAGUGAAUGAUAUGUAAUUAAUAUGUUGAUAGUUCAUCAUACCAAUUAUGGAAGAACAUGAUACCUUUUUUCUACAUUUGUCACAAUCAUUUCUUUACUCUUGUCCUUGCCAUUUUGAGCUUCUUUGAAAGACAUUCACCAUUAUAUACAAUGCUAUCAAGAUCUCUUUGACUAAAGAGAUCAGCAAUAUCACAGCAAGAAGCUACAUAUCAUUAAAAUCACUUUGGGUUUACAACAGUCAGUGCUAUAUGCAGAUGCAAGGAAUCCAAACUUAUGGUUUGUUUCGGAAGAUAAACAGAUAAUAAGUGUAAAAAAAAAUCAAUCCGUCCCACUACAUUUCCACAGACUUUGUCUGUAUAAAACAAAUUCAUAAUAGGUCUGGAUAUCAUGUAAAUAUAUCAUAACUAUACUGCUUUCAAACAUAUGUUUAUAUAUUUUUUCUCUCUUUCUACCUGUAGACUGAAGGCAUAGGGGGGACUUUAAAGACUUUUGUCCAAUACAGCUUUCUUCCAUUAUGCAUUCACCCCAAAAAGAGUACAACUAAAAGAUAAUCUCUUUGCUUUGGUACGGACCAUGGAGGUGCUGGCCGAAUUCCACAUCUCCAUUUCUAGGACUGGCUGGCUCGGCAUAUCACUAGCACUUCCUGCUAGUUGCCAGCACUCUCCAUGGUCAAGUGGAAAUCAUACAUUGUGCUAGAAGUUGCUGUUUGUUUGCUCUGUCCUACAUCUAGUAUAUUUAGGGAAAAAAAUAACCUAGUUGACUACAGUUUCUACUUCUAUAGCAUUCGUGAUGAUCGUAAAUUAUUUUGUGAAAGUAUGUUUCACAUUUCAUGGACACUAAACUGUAAACUGAAACAAUAAAGAAUUGUAGAUUUUC